AUUGUCAAAAGGUUAUGUUAAUAACCUCAAAAUAUUUGUUUUUAAAUGAAUAGUUUCAUUGAAUUACACAAAAUAUUUAGUUGAAUAGCACUACAUUUGGCGAAUUUAUGUGCUUUUAAGUUCCGCGCAACGCCUUACGAUGGCAACGAAUUAUACAAAGUACGCAAAGUUAAUAAACGCAUCUACAAACUACGCCUCCCGCAUGAGACGGCUCUCCAACCGGAUCUUCGGCGAAGUCGCCAUUCCCACCAAUCCAAAGUCGAUGAAGGUGGUGAAAAUAUUUUCCGCGCGGCCGCUGCACUCCGACAAGGAGAUCGUGGAGUACUACCCGCGGCACGUGGAGACGCACGCGCUGGUGCUGCGGCUGCGCGAGCUGGGGCUGUUCCGCGACGAGCACCAGGACUUCAAGGAGGAGAUGCGGCGCCUGCGCGAGCUGCGCGGCAAGGUCAAGGUGUGGCGCCGCCACCUCGACGACAAGAAGGACUGACACGUGCUCGUGUUUACUGUACAUAAGUAGAUGCUAUUUUAGUGUGUUUUGUAAAUAGUUUGAAAUACUAGCCUCAUUCAGUUCAGUGGAAGUAGCACGGUUAUUAGUGAACUGCAGGGCAAAAGGGAAAUUAAGAGACUAAAGAAUAGAAUCAGAUGAGUGUUUCAUUAUG